CGUAAAGCAGAAUGCGCAAUGGAGGAGAGGGGGAGCGACAUGGGGGGUUCUUUCUUUCUUUUCCCUUUCUUUCUUCUGUCUCUGUCACGGGGACGCGGUGAGAGAGGAAGAUCUCUACACCAGCAUCAUACAAAAUAGUGAACGCGGUAACGGUGGAUGUAACUGCUGGAAGAAAAAAAAGUUUCGCGGACCCUCGGGAAGUCGUUUCUAUGGUGAUCACUAUUACGACCAAUUAAGAAUGAGGCGGUUCGCGGCGUUCACGUCGAGCGCGAGGACCGAAGCCGUGAGUCGCGCGACCUCCACCCCGACCCUCCGACCGACCGAAGUGGACCGGCAGUGAGUGAGUGUGCGCGCGAGCGAGCGAUGGGGACCUGGCGUGGCCCCGCGCCGUUCCUCUUGUGCCUGGCGGUGGCGCUAAGCGCCGAGCCCGCGUGCUGGCAGGCCGUGCUCCGGUGCCACGACGAGCGCGAUUGCGAGCUCGCUUACACGCAGUACCUUGUCGCGUGCGACGCGAACAUCCGGGGCGCGCUGCGCCGCUGCCCGAGCCACUGCGUGGGCGCGCUGGUGCUCCUAAACCAAACGGCCCGCGGUCCGGACCUGGAGACGUGCGACUGCGGCGCCGACGCGGAGUGCCGCCGCGCCAAGCGUGCCAUCGAGCCGUGCCUGCCGCGCGCGCACGCCCGCGGGGCCGCCGGUAUCGGGUGCACGGAGGCGCGCCAGCGUUGCGAGGAGGAGACCGCGUGCCGCGCCGCCCUGUCCGCGUACCUGGCGCACUGCGGGCAACUGUUCAACGGUCGGAUGUGCGCGGCGCGCUGUCGCGCCGCCAUCGAGGAGCUGCGACUGCUCCCGGACGGCGCCCCGCUCGAGCGCUGCGUGUGCGACGGUGUGGAGCGGCCCUUCUGCGAGGUGGUCAAGGACAACAUGAGCCGCCUGUGCGCUCUCCCGGACCGCGCGCUCGCCCCCGACCAGGACGUCCCAGACGACGCCUACGAGGACGAGGACUACGAGCUGAAAGUGGAGCGUGACGCGGACACGGCUGCUGUGGGUCUUCCUUCACGUGCCUGGCGUUCCUCAAGCCAUCUGGCACUGUUCCUAGGGUCACUCACCCUGACCUUUCUCAGGGUCUGACCAGGAGAUCUUCAGUGAUGAACCCUGUGAUUCUAUCAUCGUUGAACCUUGAAUUUAUUGUUUUAUAUCGAUAUGCAUUGUGAUGUUGUGGCGAAACUUUUAGGUCCAUGAUGGCCUGAAGAAGUCUUACUGGGAUUUGCAUGUUGAUCAAAAGACAACAAAUGAUCAACAUGAUGAUAAAAGUUUCCGAUAAAGAAAUUAUGGAGCAUUUACACCACCAAAGGCCAGUACAAAAAAGAAGAAGAAAUGCAUACUUGAUAAACUGCAGCCGCCAUGGAACUUUCUGACCGAUAUGGAUUUGUUUUGUUAUUAUUAUUAUUAUUAUUAUAUAAAGAGUGAAGCUUUAUUUCUGGACCACCAUCAGACAUCUUUAGCUUCACAACUCAGAAUCUUCCCAAAGUUUUCAGUAGCUGAUGUGAGAGAAUAAAACCACAAACUGUC